ACUCAUUGUUCUUUCCUCCCGCCGCCAUUGUUCUGAGGAUUUGUAUAGGGACAAUAAAGGUCGUAGGUAUGUAAGAGGGGCAGUAUAAGAAUAAAGAGUUGUACAUGGAACGCUACUCUCAUCUCCUUCUCCUCCUGCCCGACUGCAGCCAAACUCCUCUCUUUAGAGUUUCCUAUUUUUCUAUUUUAUUCACGACCUUUCACGGGUGCUGGAACACCACUUUCUAAACGAAUUUUCAAGACUCAAACUACGCGUGGAAAAUGGCUCCCCCGACCCGUGUCUUUUUCUUCUUCGGACUCAAUGCCAUCCGUUUCCUGAGCAUUAUCUCUCUCUUACUCGUUUUUGCGAGCGGCAUUUUCGUCAUGGUCACAAAUAUUAAAGCUGUCAAUGUUUUCCAAGCCGGUAUCAAAAGCGGCAACGCAACCGCGGAAGAGUUCAUGGAGUGCGAUUAUAUCGAAGGUAGUACAGUUCCAAACCAGCCAGCUGGCGUGUUUUGGGCCGUCGUUUCGAGUUUGUUGGUCAUAUUCCAAGUGAUCAUUUUACUGCUCUCCGAAUGUAGCUGGCCUAUGGUGUUCUUUGAUCGCUUCUUUCCAGUCUUGGGUUCUAACUUUGGCUUGGGCGCAUUGGGCAUCUUUCAAUGCCUGAUCGGCGCCCAGAUUCUCUCGCACCACGUAGACGAUUUCACCCUCGUCGCUGCCUUCCUCCUGUUCUCGGUGGGUUGCCUCAACAUGUUCCUCGGACUCAUCUUCCGCGAAUCGGCAAAACAAAGACGGUCCAUUCGAGUAUGGCGUUCGGAUUCGAAGCCUAUCCUUCCUACCAUCUCUACAUCCAAAGGAUCUGAACCCGUCUUUGUCAACGUUUCACCCACAUUUACGCCUUACCAACCACCGUUCGUGGCAGAUUUUGGCGUAGGACGAAGUGGCAGUGAGAAAUCUGGAAUGGGAUUCGGAAGGCAAGGGGAGAAGGCUGCGGGGUUGAGAGGGUUUAUAUUGCAGAAGCCUGAGGAAACACUUCCGAGAUAUGUGAUGCCUACGCCUUCCCCACCGGUUGCACCAGCGGCUGGGACAACUCCCGAAUCCCCGAAAUCGGCCAGGUCGUCGACUUCGAGUUUUGCUUCGCCGGUGUAUCGGGAUACUAUGCGUGAUGAGGACUUUGAGCAGAAGCCUAGGUUUAAGUCUAGUUCGACUGCUCUCUGAUUUUUCAAGUUUAUGGACUGUUGGAUUGUGGAUAUCGGACCCUGCUAUCGUACGUAUGCUAACUGCCCUAAUAUCUAAAACGGGCAGAUGUAAUUGUUUACUCUACGCCUCUUUUUGUAUUUACGAGCCUCUGUAUCGAUAAUUUCAGGUUUUCAUCACUCGCC